CUAUUUCCUAUUGUCACGAGGGGGGGAAAACUAUAUUUUUUUUUUAAUGAAAUUGACGUCGUUUUAUGAUUGUUAUUUAUUUAGUUCCUUGUCUAUAAAGAGACAAGUUUUUUUUUUUGUGGUUGUUCGUAUUAUUUCAUCUUUCUUUCCUGUAUUUCUAUCUAUUUUUAUUUUUUUUAAAGUCUUUUAUUGUACAUAUAUAAUCCCACACGGAAAAUGCAAACCAUUGAACCAGUAGUAGAGGAUAAGCUUUCAUCCGUCGUUUUGACCCAUCUAUCCUUACAACACCAUGUUCCUCUCUUUCAAAAAGCAGGCAUCGACCUGGAUAAAUUCUUGAGCAUGUCCGAACCUGAUUUUCAAAGACUCGGAUUAGACGAUCCCCGAGACCUCGGAUUACUCUCCACCUGUUCUAAAGCGCUCUCCGUUCAUCUACAACGUGGAGAUGUCACCAGCAUCAAAAGUACGACCCCUCAUAACAUACCCGAAGUAGACGAAGACGAAGAGGAUGAUGAUGAUACACCUUUACUCACACCUUCUUCUAUCUUGAACGCUAUUCAUGCAUUCGACUCGUACCCAAAGAAAAGCUCCAUAUCACCACCCGCUAUUGUCGUAAUACCAUCUGUACAAACAAACACAUCAUCCGCUCAUGAUUAUUCAACAUCAGCAGCAGCAGCAGGACCAAUGGAUGGAGGACUCCUGCUACCUUCUUCAACCACCGUGAAUACGCCUCGACCUCGAUUUAAUAAACAAGUCAACACAAGACCUGUUUCGAUGCCAGUGCAGUUACCCUCAUUUACAACACCGCCACCGGAUUAUGAGGGUGUGCCUUCCAUCUAUGGUAAACGAAUGGAUAGAUGCCGAUCCAUGAUCUUUCCACGUGAGGAGGAAGGUAAAGAGGAGUUACCCGCUUAUUCUUGUACCGUUUUUAAAAUGGGUUAUGUUCAUGUCAAGAAGGAAUUUGAUACACCCGGUGUCAAGAGCCGUUACCGUGGCUGGAGAAAGUUGUAUGUGGAGUUAUGGGGGACAGUAUUACGAAUCUACCGUACAGCGCCAACAGAGACAUCAUGUACGAUCGAUUAUGACAAUUACUACCGAUGGCCACUAAGAACACCCUAUUCGUAUUAUCAUCGGUAUUAUUACACACCGAUUCUAACGUUGUCUCUAGCAGGGGCUGAAGCGUCACGUGCGUUGGAUUACUUUCGAAGGCCCAAUGCGCUCCGAUUGACGACACCCCAGGGACCUCAAUUGCUAUUGAGAAUGAAUACGCAUGUGGAAAUGAUAUCAUGGGUUGAACACUUGCAAGCGGGUAUUAAUAUUUCACUGGACCUAGAAUUACGACCGAUGCCAAAAUUUAUUACGAUACCAAACCGUAGUUUAACUACAGCAGCAUUAGAUCCUCGAUCUAUUGAACUGGAAAGAGCUCGAGAGCAAAGAAGAAGAGAUCAACGCGAAGUUUUAAUUUAAAAAAAGAAGGACUAUAUAAAACCUUAUAUAUUACAUCACUAUUACGUAUAUCCCCAAACUUAUUUUCUAUAAAUUUUUUUUUUCUGUAUUAUAA